AUGAAGUUCAACGCUGCCGCUGCCGCCACGGCGGCCGCCAUGUUCGCUGGCAUCGCCCAUGCUGAAGACGCCGAGGCUUCCCCUGUUGCCGUCGAGCUCCCCACUUUCACUCCCACCACCAUCAAGGCCGACUUUCUCGAGCAGUUCACCGAUGACUGGGAGAAGCGCUGGAAGCCCUCCACCGCCAAGAAGGACAUGAAGGGCGCCGAUAAGGACAAGGAGGAGGAGGAAUGGGCCUACGUCGGCCAGUGGGCUGUUGAGGAGCCUACCGUCUACAAGGGCGCCGAGGGCGACAAAGGUCUUGUUCUCAAGAACCCCGCCGCUCACCACGCCAUCUCGGCCAAGUUCCCCAAGAAGAUUGACAACAAGGGCAAGACCCUCGUCGUCCAGUACGAGGUCAAGCUUCAGAAUGGCCUCGAGUGUGGUGGCGCCUACAUGAAGCUCCUCCGCGAUAACAAGGCGCUUCACCAGGAGGAGUUCAGCAACGCUACCCCCUACGUCAUCAUGUUUGGUCCCGACAAGUGUGGCCACACCAACAAGGUGCACUUUAUCUUCAACCACAAGAACCCCAAGACUGGCGAGUACGAGGAGAAGCACUUGAUCUCGCCUCCCUCGGCCAGAAUUGUCAAGACAACUGAGCUCUACACUCUGAUUGUCAACCCCGACAACACCUACGCCAUUCGACAGAACGGCGAGGAGGUCAAGUCUGGUUCCCUCCUCGAGGACUUCUCCCCCUCCGUCAACCCCCCGGCCGAGAUUGAUGAUGAGAAGGACACCAAGCCUGAGGACUGGGUUGACCAGGCUCGCAUCCCUGACCCUGAGGCUAAGAAGCCCGAGGAUUGGGAUGAGGAGGCUCCUUUCGAGAUUGUCGACGAGGAAGCCACCAAGCCCGAGGAUUGGCUCGACGACGAGCCCCUCACCGUCGCUGACCCCGAGGCCCAGAAGCCGGAGGAUUGGGAGGAUGAGGAAGAUGGUGACUGGAUCGCCCCUACCGUCCCCAACCCCAAGUGUGCUGAUGUCUCUGGCUGUGGCCCCUGGGAGAAGCCCAUGAAGAAGAACCCCGACUACAAGGGCAAGUGGACCGCUCCCUACGUUGACAACCCCGCCUACAAGGGACCUUGGGCUCCUCGCAAGAUCAAGAACCCUGCCUACUUCGAGGACAAGACCCCUGCCAACUUUGAGCCUAUGGGCGCCAUUGGUUUCGAGAUUUGGACCAUGCAGAGCGACAUCAUGUUCAACAACAUUUACAUUGGUCACUCCAUCGCCGACGCUGAGAAGCUUGGGAAUGAGACGUUUGUGCCUAAGCACGCCGCGGAGAAGGCCCUGGAGGAGGCUGACAAGCCCAAGGCUGAGGAGCCCAAGUCGCCGUCUGACCUCAAGUUCCUCGACGACCCUGUUGUCUUUGUGCGCGAGAAGGUUAGCCUUUUCCUCGCCAUUGCUCAGAAGGACCCCAUUGAGGCUAUCCGAUUCGUCCCCGAGGUUGCUGCUGGCAUUGGUGCCAUUAUUGUCUCGCUGAUUGCCGUCACUCUUGGUAUUCUUCGUCUGGGUAAGGCCCCCGCUCCCGCUCAGGGCAAGAAGGCCGAGAAGAGCAAGAAGGAGGAGGGCUCCAAGGCCACGACGACUGGUGCCGAGAAGGCAAAGGGUGAAGCUACUAAGCGUAACACCCGCAGCCAGAACUGA